AUGGAGAACGGCUCGGUGCACGUGGCUCCAGUUAUGCGAGGGGCACAGUCCUCCAAGCAGAGCCAGCGAGGGGCACAGUCCUCCAAGCAGAGCCAGCGAGGGGCACAGUCCUCCAAGCAGAGCCAGCGAGGGGCACAGUCCUCCAAGCAGAGCCAGCGAGGGGCACAGUCCUCCAAGCAGAGCCAGCGAGGGGCACAGUCCUCCAAGCAGAGCCAGCGAGGGGCACAGUCCUCCAAGCAGAGCCAGCGAGGGGCACAGUCCUCCAAGCAGAGCCAGCGAGGGGCACAGUCCUCCAAGCAGAGCCAGCGAGGGGCACAGUCCUCCAAGCAGAGCCAGCGAGGGGCACAGUCCUCCAAGCAGAGCCAGCGAGCGGCACAGUCCUCCAUGCAGAGCCAGCGAGGGGCACAGUCCUCCAAGCAGAGCCAGCGAGGGGCACAGUCCUCCAAGCAGAGCCAGCGAGCGGCACAGUCCUCCAAGCAGAGCCAGCGAGGGGCACAGUCCUUCAAGCAGAGCCAGCGAGGGGCACAGUCCUCCAAGCAGAGCCAGCGAGGGGCACAGUCCUCCAAGCAGAGCCAGCGAGGGCACAGUCCUCCAAGCAGGGCCGGAUCCACCAAGGUCAAUGAAUGCCAGAUCAGACCCAUGAAAUUCAUUCAGACCAUAGACCAGAACCCUAAAUUCAUUAAGAGCAUAGACCAGACCCCUAAAUUCAAACCAUAG